CCAUCUGGCCGCAGCCCAGGCUGGCAGGAUGGCCCCAAGGCGGUGACUGUCCGGACUGUGUGGCCGGACAGCCCCCUACCCUGGGACCUCCCGCCAGUCUGUGGCCGUCGGUCCGUGGGGCUCUGUGCGCCAGCCUGCCGGCGUGCUCACGUGUGUCCGGUGCCCGAACGAGGGGAGAGCUUAGUUAUAGAGGGGCAUGUGUGCAGAAUUGGGCCAUGCACAUACGUGCAGGCACGUUUUUGCAUGCGUGGCGGCGGCCAGUGUGUCAGCCUGCUGGGGUGCACGUGUGCCCCAGCGCAGCCGGGAGGGGCUUUUGAAGACCCGGAAGGCCGUGGAGUCGGUUGGGGCAGCAGAGCCCCAAAGCGAAGUCGACUGUGGGCCCCAGGCACCAAGAUUAUGGGCGGGGCCCGUAGUGGGGAAGGAGAAUAGAUCCGAUUUUGCUUCCCUUCCACCCAUGCUGGAUACUGUGGGCUGCCCCAGGUUGGGUUGUAGUGUCUGGAGAGCCCAGAGCCUCAGCUGAGUAGGUGGGAGGUGUGAGAAUACAUGUGGAGUGGUUCAGCCCUCCCAAGAGUCCAGAUGCUGCCUUCAACUGGGCUGGAAUCACCUAUUUCAUCAUGAAGCCCUUAGGAGGUGGAAGUGGGAAUGGGGUCACAGAACUUUAGAGGACUGGGAGUACAGGGGUGGCAGACUCUUCAGGAUCCUGCUUGGGGUCCUGGCUGAGGCUGAAGCUCAGCUCGAAGGACCAAUAGAACUUCCCUCCCCCACCAAGAGUAAUGGGACCCUGUUCCCUGGGGGCCAGCCCUCUCUAGGUGUCUGCUUGUGACCUCAUUUUGUAUGUCAAGGAAGGAGACAUACAUUUUGUCUGAAAGGGAAGGCCCUUUCUUAGAGGGAGUGUACAUUGGGUCCUCCAUCUGCUGGCAGGAGAUAAGGCCACCUCUAUGCCUCUUAUUAGAGUUCUCUGCUGGCUCCUUGGAGCCUCCUCUCCUCCCACAAGACUCUGAAGGUCCCAGAUGGCCUUGUGUCUAUUGACUGGGUCCAGAGGGGUCUCAGAAAGUCUCCAGGGCAAAGGGCAUGGGUUGGACUGAGCCCAGGAGAAAAAGACCCCAGUGGCUGAGGGUGGAUAUAGAGCAGGCUCCAAGGAGUAUGUGGGGGAGGUGAGACCAGAGCCAGCAUCUAAUUAAUCAGAGUUCCCCAAGGGCAGAGGGGGAGCUCAGCACCCCCAAAACGUACAACCUCUUCUUGCAUCAUUUCUGUGGAGUUGAUGGGGACUUUUUCCCUAGGAUACAGGUCCUUGACAUAGGAUACCAUUAGUGGUUCUGUGGCCUGAGUUCUGAUAUCCUCUUCCAGCUUCUCUAAACUCCCUGGGGGGGUUGGAUUCUGGCCCAAUGAAUCAACUCUUUCUGAGAGGCCUGCCUGGCUUCUUUGUUGUAGGAAGCUAGGAGUGGAGUGGGCAUUGCCUUGUCUUUUCUUGACCCCUUCCUAGUCUAACACUGAGCUUCUGGCUGGCUGACACUGGACCCCUGCCAUAAGAGAAGAGAGGACUGGUCUUUGCUUGCUGGUGACAGAAACCUGGGACACUUAGCUGGUGGUCUAAUCAUAGCAAGAUAGAGCUGAUUCAUCCUUUCUAACCUAUUGAGGGUUUCAGGGAAUGGGGUGCUUACUGCGGGAGAUAGAGGCUGGUCAGUGUGCAGCAGACAGGUCUCAGAUGGAGACCUUCAUGAGUCAUUAAAUGCCUGCUGUGCUGAGGAUUCUCUACCCUUGACCUCUCAGGGUCUGGGUUCCCAUCCUUGCUUGGCCUUGCUUCAGGGCCUCGGUCUUUCUCUAGCACUUAUUUUUUCUAUCAGUAAAGUACAGUGGAAGUAGUUGCCAGCUACCACUCUAGGGCCUUGGGACCUCUCUUCCUGGAGAGGGGAUGAAAGAGAGAGAGAGAGAGAGACAUACACACAUACUCACACCCACACACCCCACAUGACCCCAUAUGCCUUGGAGUAGCCACCCACAGCCUGAGGGCUGGGCGUGGACACGGGCCCUUUUCCCCCUCUGCUGGGAUCUUCCCGCUGGCACCACAGCACCAUCUGGUGGACAGCCUUGACUUUCACUGAGGGGGAGUGGCUUGUAUAGAUGUAGGCACCCCAGCCACCUCUUCUGGGGGACUGCCUUCCAGACCCCAAGCCUAGUAACAGCAUUGGCUGUGGCCCUAGGGACUUGGGUUUGAGACCUGGAUCUGCUGUUUUUGGUAAGGCUGGAAGAUCAAUGGAGUCACAAGAAACAAAAUUUGAAAACAAUGCCCAGAUCCCAUGUCUUCCAUACAGGGGUAUCUUUUGAGAUCACUGUGGCAUCUUGGAAUAGUGGGAAUGACAGGCAGGAGCUUUGCUACUUGUUCCAUCUCCUUCAUCAGUGACUUUGGGAUGGAUGGGUCUCCAUCUAUUUUGGUGGGUAUAAGCCAAGGCAAGUGAUCCUCAAAACUGCCCUAAAAUCUGGAACCCCAAGGAAGGGGUCUUGGGAGUCACUUGGAAGAAAUCUGAACAGAAAGGACUCCUGGAUUGGGGCGAGGGUUAUGUGCAGGGAGAUUGGACAAGAAUUUGUUCAACAAAGGAUUUUGUAGCUUAAAAAAAAUAGAGACGUCUGCAUUUAUGAUUCAUGCAUUCAUUCUUAACUGAGUGUCUGUUGAGUACCAGGCUCUUGGGUGGUAGUGAGCCAGGGAGCAUAGCCUCUAUACUGCUGACUGGCACCCUGCACUUCUAACUGCCUUGCUUCCUUCCCUCUUUCUCCCAGGUCAGCUAUUCAGUAGCAGCGGCCCUGGAGGGCUUGACGCCUUCACAGUGAUGGCGGAGAAGCGCCCACUGGGGACUCUGGGGCCUGUGAUAUAUGGCAAACUGCCCCGCCUGGAAGCAGACUCAGGGCCUGGACAUAGCCUGCCCCCCUCUGCUGGUAACCAGGACCCCUGCAACUACAAGGGCGCUUACUUCUCCUGUCCCAUGGGGGCCACUUCCAAGGUAGGAUCUGAGCGGUUGGCAUCCUGGACCCCAUACUCACCCUUGUACUCCACAAGCGUAGCAGGACCUCCACUUCGGCCAGACAGCCUGUUUACCAACUGCCUGCUGUACCGCCCACCAGCGGAAGGUUCUGAGAAGAUGCAGGACUCCAGCCCUGUUGAGCUCCUGCCGUUCAACCCCCAGUCUCACACAUACCCGGGCCCACCACUGGCAGCACCCAAACCGGUCUACCGCAGCCCACUGUGUUAUGGGCUCUCGACUUGCCUGGGGGAGGGGCCAGCUAAGAGGCCACUGGAUGUUGACUGGACCCUGGUGACUGGGCCCCUGUUGUCCUCUGCUGACCCACCCUGUUCUCUGGGCCCAGCUCCUGGGAAGGGCCAGGCCCUGGAUAGCACCUUUUUACGUGGAGUGCCAGCUGGGGGAUCUGGCAAAGACCCCUCAGUGAGUUUCUCCUCAUGCCAGGCGUUCCUGGAAAAGUAUCGGACCAUCCACAGCACAGGCUUUCUGGCCUCUAAGUACACAGGUCCUUACUCUGGGGACUCCAAACAAGCAAUGGUAGAGGGGCCUUCGAGUCCUUGGACACAGCUGGCUCAGCCCCUGGGGCCACCAUGCCAGGAGGCAUUGCCUACCCACUACCCACUCCCUCCCCCUCCACAGGCCCUGCCUUGCCCCCCAGCUUGUCGUCACCCGGAGAAGCAGGGCAGCUACAGCUCUGUGAUCCCACUGCAGCCUCUGGGAGUCCAUAAGGGGACUGGAUACCAGGUUGGUGGGCUGGGCAGCCCCUACCUGAGGCAGCAGGUAGCCCAGACUCCGUACAUACCGCCAGUGGGACUGGACUCUUAUUCCUACCCCUCUGCCCCACUCCCAGCACCCUCACCAGGCCUCAAGCUGGAGCCUCCUCUUGCUCCACGGUGCCCACUGGACUUUGCCCCGCAGACUUUGGGGUUUCCUUAUGCCCGGGAUGACCUGUCUCUCUAUGGGGCAUCCCCUGGGCUUGGAGGGACACCACCUUCCCAGAACAGUGUGCAGUCUGUGCCACAGCCCAGUGCCUUCCAGCAGUCGUGCCAGCCUUUGCCAGCCAGUCAGCCAUGCUCUGAGCCUACGAGGCCUGCUGAAAAGCCAGCACAGGAAACCGAAGAAAAGACAUGGCUGCCCAGCUGCAGGAAAGAGCAGCUCCAGACCCCGCUCAGUGAACACUCUGGAGCUCCCAUUGUCAUCCGAGAUAGUCCAGUGCCCCGCACCUCACCAGCAUUGCACCCCUGUGCUCAAGAGCACCAGUCUCUGCCACAGAAGGAGGGUGCUAGACCGCCUGGCUCUCCACCAAUGCCUGUUAUCGACAAUGUUUUCAGCCUGGCCCCCUACCGUGACUAUCUUGAUGUGCAGACGCCAGAGGCCACAGCUGAGCCAGAUUCAGCCCCAGCUACCAGUGAAAGCCAAGACAAAGACUGCAGGGGGACUUUAACUACCCAGGAGGGAUCCUCAGAGCCUUGCUGCUCACUUCGGGAGGAGGUGGCCUUGGACUUGACUGUGAAGAAGCCCACAGCAGAGGCUGCUCCCAUUCAAGUCCCUGAUCCUACAGUGCAAACCAAGCCCACUGCAACCAUGGACACUCCAGACGCAGGGAACAUAGGUUCAGGUCUGUCAGGGCUGAAAAAGAUGGUCACAGAAGCACCUGGGUUGCCAGUGGCCACAGAGGCCACACCAAGAACCAACUUUCACAGCUCUGUGGCCUUCAUGUUCCGAAAAUUCAAGAUUCUCCGUCCAUCACCCUUACCUGCAGCUGCAGACCCAGCCACACCCACCUCAGCUCCUGCCCCUGUACAGCCUGCACUCACCCCAUCAUCUGUACCCAUGGGACUGCAGAUUCUCACUCAGCCCUUGCCAGUGGCAUGCUUCAACCUGGCCCUGCCUAGCCCUCCAGCCAUAGCUGUGGCGGCCCCAGCCUCGACUCUAGCCCCUGCCCCUGCCCCUGCCCCUGCCCCUGCCCCUGCUCCAGCUCCUGCUCCUGCUCCAGCUCCAGCUCCUGCUCUAGCUCCAGCUCCAGCUCCUACUGUAGCCCCAGAAGACACCCCAGAGCAGCGUUUCACAGGGCUGCAUGCAUCCCUGUGUGAUGCCAUCUCAGGCUCCGUGGCCCACUCCCCACCAGAGAAGCUGCGGGAGUGGCUUGAGAUGGCCGGACCGUGGGGCCAGGCUGCAUGGCAGGAUUGCCAGGGAGUGCAGGGACUGCUCAGCAAGCUGCUGUCCCAGCUGCAGAGGUUUGUAUGCACGCAACAGUGCCCCUUUCCCCACGUGGUGCGGGCCGGCGCCAUCUUCGUGCCCAUCCACCUGGUGAAGGAGCGGCUCUUCCCACGGCUGCCUCCUGCCUCUGUGGACCAUGUGCUGCAGGAGCACCGUGUGGAGCUGCGGCCCACUACACUGUCAGAGGAGCGUGCGCUGCGGGAGCGUGCCCUGCAUGGCUGCACCUCACGCAUGCUGAAGUUGCUGGCACUGCGCCAGCUGCCUGACAUCUACCCUGAUCUGCUGGGCCUACAGUGGCGAGACUGCGUGCGCCGCCAGCUGGGUGACUUUGACACUGAGGCUGGAGCUAUUCCCACCUCAGAACCCACUGUGGCCAGAGAUGAGCCAGAGAGUAUAGCCCAGGCUCGGAAGUCACCAGCCCCCAAGGUCAGGAAACCAGGGCGGAAGCUACCAACCCCUGGCCCGGAGAAAGCAGAGGCAACUGCUGGGGUUGGGUCACGUGUUCCCUCACCUACUCCUGCCAACAGUACCGGCCCACCUGGCCCCACGCUGAAGGCCCGCUUCCGAAGCCUUCUGGAAACUGCCUGGCUCAAUGGCCUGGCAUUGCCCACGUGGGGCCACAAGGCCUCAGGACCUGACCGGCCCCCACCUUGCCCACAGCUACUGGGCAGCCAGAGCCAUCACCUGUAAAGUUGGUUGCAGGUGCUGUUGGGACAGCCGAAUGUCUAGGAUCAGCCUCUGCUUCUGCUGCCCAGGGCCAGGAGUCCAUGCUGGGGUAUGGCCAAUCCCUUGGAGUAUCUUUAGCUCUUACCCUGGGGCCUGCGAGGCUGGACUGACUGAGAGCCCCUCAGCUUUUUAACGUGAGGGUCUUCAUUGGAAAGGACUACUUCCUGUUCUUCUCUAGAGAAAGCAUGUGGGCUCUGGAGCCCAACAGACCUGGCCCGAAUGCUGGCUGCUGUUCCUUGCUGCGUGACCUGGGCAGACCCUUCGCCUCUCUUGAACCCUCGUUCCCCAUUGUAACGUAGGACAACACGGCCUACCUCACAGGGUGGUUGUGGGGAGAUGCCUGACACACCCGUUGCCAGAUGGUCUCUGCUCCCUGCCUGAGACAGGUCUAGGACCUCAGCCCAGGCCUGGAAUAGGAAGCUGAGGAAGCAGAACCUCUUGUUAGAUAGUCUUUAUGUGUCUUAGGACUUGGUUAUCUUAGAGUGGUACAUUGUACAGUGUAUAUGGCUUGACACACUUUCCCUGGUCCCUGCUGCUGGUGCAGCAAUAACAGUCUGGGACUGGUGUCCUUGCAGGUCUGCUGCUCCUGCCCCAGGGAAGCCCCAGGCCUGUCCUGCAUUGUCAGCCUGUCCGGUGACUUCCUGAGCUGCCUUUACCCACACCAGGCGUUGACCCAGGAAAGUUGUGUUUUCUGGAAGCCAAGCAGCUAUAGGGACUCAGGGACUUAAAGCAGACAGGCUGAGUGGCAGCUCCGUCCUAGGAGGUCUCUGAAUUUCUGGACUGGGGACCCUGGUACUUCCCAAGCCAGAGCCUUAUUAGCCAGGCUUGCUGUGGGCCACCUCCCUGCAAAGUGCUGAAUUGAGCUGGAGGCUGGGGAGCUGGGGCCCUUGGCCUUAUUUAAGAGUUUGUGAUAAGCCUGUGGACCCUGGGGCAGGCAAUUAAAGCAUUUGAGUUGUUUUGGAACUG